AUGGGCUCGAAAAUGGCCAACAAUGGUCCGCAUGCCGCUGGCAUCUUCGCCGACAUGACCGUCGACGGUCCUGAGAUUGGGACACUGGUACUGGUGGUCGACAGAGCGAAGAAUCUUCCCAAUCGCAAGACUAUGGGCAAACAGAAUCCUUAUGCGGCAGCGAGAUUGGGUAAAGAGGCACGUAAGACAGAGACGGACAAGAGAGGAGGACAAACGCCCAGAUGGGACCAGGAACUGCGGUUCACUGUCCACGACUCCCCCGAUUACUACACCCUCAAGAUUUCCGUCUUCAGCGAGGACAAGCGCACCGACCUCAUCGGCGAAGCCUGGGUGAGACUGGACGACGUCGUGGUGCCUGGUGGUGGGAAGAACGAUCUGUGGCAGGGUUUGAAUUGUAAAGGGAAAUACGCUGGCGAGAUCAGGAUCGAGUUGACAUACUACGACACAAGGGAGAAGCCAGAGAAAGAGACCAAGAUAAUGUCGGUUGCGGACGAGCUUAAGGCGCAGUAUGGGAGUAUAAGCAAGGUCAAGAGGAGGCCGCUGCCCGUUAAUCCAAACCAGCCCAAUGCGAAUCCUGUCAUGGUGUCGGACAAGCCUAUUCCUGGAAGAGCAAAGCAUGGGCCUAGAGACUUCGCAACACCACCGAGGGCGAACUCGAUGCCGCCGGAAGGACCCAAGACUUUCAACUACCCGCAUUCGCAGGCCACGUUGUUUGGGCAGACACCGGUCAGUGGAUAUGCGUCAACAGGACAUUCGCCUGCUCCGAUUGAGCAAGUUCCUGAAGAACCCUACUACGGGGAGUUUGAUCCGAGUUUGGGACCACAGCCAUACGAUCCGCAACCUGGACCCUCACAGCCUGAUUUCCUCCCUCAAUUGAGACCCAGCAGUCGACAAAGAGGUUCUCUGCCACCGCAGCCGCGAUACGCACAACCUCAACCGCCUCCACCGCAGCCACAUCUUCGGCCACAAAGUCACAUUGGCCUACCCCACUCGUACUCGGCGCCAGCAGUACCUACACAUCCAGAGCCGCAUGGUUAUGAAGACCCGCAGCUUCACACGGAUUACCCUGAGCCUAUCCCAGACGUCGACUACCAGUACCAGCAGGUGCGACGGAGAAAUGAUGGGUGGGAGAGUGAGUACGGUAGCCCGCAAGGGCAGCCGUAUAUGGAGGACGACUUGGAAAGCCCUCCACCUCCACCUCCCAUACACAGCCAUAGCUCGCCUGCCGUUCCACACUACGCUUCUCCAGACAAUCGCCCGUAUCCACCUGCGGCUGCAGCGAGACACGGAACGACACCGCCUUCAGCUCGACAACAGUUUGUACCAAGCUCAUCUCUGCAAAGUAUCGAGCGUCAUUAUGGUACGCCGCCAAGUCAUGGCCAUCCAGCGAGAGGCCACUCUUUCGACGAGUACGGCGACUCUCCAUACAAUGCCAGCUACGCAUCAACGCCAAAUCUGACGCCACCGAAUCAACAAAGUCCUCCACAAGGCGGCAUACCUUCAUAUGGCAGGCAGUACCCAGCUCGACACAGUGUGGCAGACCUGUACAGCACGCCUUCACGACCUCAUCCGUUGUCGCACGAAGUGCCUCGUGCAAGAAGUCCAAAUCCUUAUGCAUACGAAGCGCCAGGCUCAUCGCCGUACCAGUACGACUACCGCUCACGAGAUGCUGUGCCAUUGAUUAAGCCUCGAGCUUUAUCGCCGCAGCCAGCACAGCAAGCGCCUCCACCGAGUCAAGCUUCUGCAAGGCCAAAGAGCUCGUAUAGUAUCCAGCACCCAGUUCGAGCUUUCGAGUCCUCAGACGACAGCCCGCUUUCUACUUCGCAGCCAGGUUCAGCCACGCGACCAGUGCCUCGUGCAGCACCAGUGCGGAAGUCGGUCUCGCCUCGUCCGUCGAUGUCUGAGGGAAGCAGGGUCCCAUUCUCGCCGGACAGCUUCGGUGUCCACAACCCGAAUGCUCCUCAUGCGGAUGAGGAGUCUCCCACCAGGAAAGGACCUAUUGUGGGCUGGCAUGGGCAAGAGAUAGACCCUUCGGACCACUUGCCCGUGCAUUCAUGGGCUCCUGAGCCUGAGCAAAAGGUGCCAAACAAGCAGUAUGGGCUAGGUCGGGAUCGAGACUUUGGACCUCGCACACAGGGAGUCAUGAACACUGCUGGUAGAGUCAGCAGAGAUACGAUGAUCAACGUGCGAGGGAAGGACCCAGAGCCCGUGCCAGAGCCACAACCGUCAAAGAUUCGCGCGAGACUGGUGAAGAAAUCCGGAGGAUCGAGCCCCAACCCUGGACUUCGAGAUCACGCCAACUUCAACUCCAUUCCCAACCCUUACGACCAGCAACCACAGUAUGGUCGUGGGUUCCACGAGGAAGAUAUGUAUGGACCUCCAUCUCUCCCACCCAAGGUCCCGCUGGAUUACGGACCUGAUGCCUUGGAGAGGGAAAUUGCGGGUAUUGAUAUCGGGAGUAGCAGACGUCCGGCACCUGCGAGUUAUGUGCCGGUUAGGAGUCAUCGGGAUCGGAAUAGCUUUUAUUAG